AUGAGCUUGAAAACUGCUUUGUCUCGUAUCAAAUCCAUUCCUGAGAUCCAGAAGCGUUUCAAUAUCUUCAUCAAUGUCAAUCAAGCUGCAGAAAGGCAGUUGCAAGAGAGUUCGCCAGAACUGCCGUUAUCGAAUCUAGUUGCUGGUGUGAAAGAUAACAUUGUCACGAAAGGCCUCCCAACUACGUGUGGCUCAAGGAUGCUGGCUGACUAUGAAUCCCCGUAUGAUGCGUCGUGUGUUCAGGCACUACGAGAUGCUGGUGCUGUGAUUGCGGGCAAGACGAAUCUCGACGAAUUUGGGAUGGGGUCUGGAGGCGUACACUCGUAUUUCGGCCCUGUUUUCAAUCCAAUGUAUCCGGAUUUAAAGGUUUCUGCCGGUGGCUCAUCUUCUGGUUCAGCAGCAGCGGUUGCUGCAGGUGCAGUAGAUUUUGCCCUGGGAACGGAUACUGGUGGAUCAGUGCGUUUGCCUGCAUCCUACUGUGCUGUUUUGGGCUUCAAGCCAUCUUACGGACGGAUUUCAAGGUUUGGAGUUGUUGCAUAUGCGCAAUCGCUGGAUACUGUGGGGAUUAUCGCCAAAGACAUCUCGGUAAUACGCAGAGUUUUCAAGGUACUUGAUAAAUACGAUCCUAAAGAUCCCACAUCCUUGAGUGUUGGAUUCAGAAAGAAGGCUUCCACCAUAUUUCGUAAGAGAAAUAAACUGCGGAUAGGUGUUCCUCAAGAAUUUCUUCAACAGUCAGUGUGCGAUAAAUAUAAGAACCUUUUGCGACAGUUUAUUGAGACGCUUAUGCGCGUUGGUCAUGAAAUAUAUCCUGUUUCAAUACCCUCAAUAAAGGAUUCGCUGCCAAUCUACUACACUCUGUCUCCAGCAGAGGCUGUUUCGAAUCUCUCGCGCUUCGAUGGCAUAAGGUAUGGAACGAGAGACGAUACCUCUGACAUUGAGAACGGUGUUUUGUUUGCACCAACUAGGAAUAACUUUGGUAGAGAAGUGCAAGACAGGAUAAUACUCGGCAAUUACAAUCUCUGCUCUGAGGCAUUCAAGAAUAAUUACGUCAAAGCGCAAAAGCUUAGACUUCAGAUGAUGAAUCAAUUUGACGGAAUAUUUAGAGAUUCUAAUAUUCUUUCCAAUUCAAAAGAAAAUGAAGCAGGGGUUGACUUGAUCAUCGGUUUAACAGCUACAAGCGCUCCUCCGACAAUCGAUUCUUUCCUAAGGGGAGAAAGCUCAUCUCCGACCAAUGAAUAUCUAAAUGAUGUGUUCACUAUGCCCAUGUCAUUGGUGGGUCUACCGACUUUAUCGAUGCCUAUAGCAAAGGGAAUACCGGUAGGUAUUCAGAUCACGGCCCAGUAUGCAAAUGAUGACACCGUUUUAGAAUUUGUAGAUGGGAUACUUCAUUGA